GACCACUCUUGGCGCCACAGUCGCUCAUCAAACAAAGUGUCAAUAAGUAACGUAAAAAAGGGUCAAAAACGCACAAAAAUCGUGAAAAAACGCAUCUAGAUAGGAAAUAAAAGGAAUAGAAAUCAAAGAAAAUGUUUCGGUUCAAAAAAGUGGAUCACCGAAGCGCUCACAAUUAUCCAACGUGCCUUGCUCACAUUUGUCUCUCGGGUAUCUCAGGAUGGUGCCUGAGUAGGACACUGGCGCUGGAAGUGUAUCCAGUGGCUGUGGUGACCUUUGGCUUCAUGCUGGUGCACGGAAUCGUCGGUGUCUUCCGCUUUGGCCAUCCCAAUCUCGUUGUCUACCUCCGAUCGGUCUAUGUCAUCACAUUCAAUGCUAAUCGAAUAAUGCCCGUAGCCCUUCUCACUACACAACUCUAUCAGCGUGUUAAUAAUUCACUCUGGGCCAUUAUUCAGGUCUCAUCCACGGGCAUCCCCAUUCUGGAUGUCAUUUUUACGCCCGGAGGCCAUGAUACAGUCAAAUUCCUCAUUCUCCUUGGCAAUAUCAUGUCCCUCAUGUACUUUGGCUUCAUGGCGGACAAUUAUUGGGCACUGGGACUAGCAUUGCUGUGUGUUAUCAAUUGUUUCGUGAUUGAUAAAUUGGCGGAAAAUUUCUCAGUGCCACUCAUCGACCUCUUCACAGUGGGUCUAUGUUUCUUCAAUAUCUUUGCAUUUAAUUCACUUAUUGAACUGAAAGUUGAUCAAGAGUACGAUUUCUAACAGUGGCUAAAGUGCAAGAUAAAAAAGACUCAAAUUAUUAUGGCGUGUGUGUGAAUAAGUUGUUACCUUUUAAGGUGUAAAAAAAAGAAGAAAAGUUUUAUAUAAUGUUGCAUUUUUGGAAAACUAAUAUUUUUUAUAAAUAAAAUCUUUUAAUGACCUGUUCAAAUUUGACUGAAAAUAUAUGGAGUUUUAGAUAUUUUAUUGAAAA